GUUUUUCAUCAUGAUAACGCUAGACCUUGUGAGGUCUAGCGUUAUCAUGAUGAAGAUGUGUGCAUCUUUAGCCACUCAGCAAAAAUUAAGAGAGCUUGACUGGGAGGUGUUAAUGCAUCCGCCGUAUAGUCCUGACCUUGCGCCUUUUGAUUUCCACCUGUUUUGGUCUCUUCAGAAUUCUUUAGGCAGUGUCAGAUUAACAUCAAGGGAGGACUGGCAAAACCACUUGACGCGGUUUUUUGAUCAGAAGCCUCAAAAUAUCUAUAGCAAUGGAAUCAUGUCGUUACAUCCAAAAAAGUUGUCGAACAAAAUGCACCUACAUACUUUAGUUCAAUGUAAAUAAAACUUCAUUAAAAAUGUUUAGAAUUUUUAUAUAAAAAAACUUUUCUCCCAACCUAAUAUAAUACUUGAAAUCUACAAUAAUGACAAAUACUUUUUUAUGAUAAAGAAAUAUACAACAUUUUACAAGUACCAUCACAUUUUACUUUAAAUAUUCAAAAGAGAGCGAAAUUGAAUUUAUGCGUGCGUCACAACGUAACGCAAGUAGGCAUAGUAGAUAAAUUGCGUUAUAUUUAAUUUAUUAAUUUCUGUCACCAAGGUGCUUCAUUUGAUUUAAAUAGAUAGGUUAUUUGCAUUGAACCCAAAUGAAUCUAAAUUAUCUUAAGGAAAAGCAACAGCAAACUUUCUAUGACGUAAAUCGGCUGUUAAUUGACGCAUUCAAUACUUAUGAAAUCGGUCCAGUAGUUUUUGGGUCUAUUCGUUAAAAAAGUUGUUUUUUUCCUCCUUAUAUUUGUACUAUAGGGUAAACUGUUAUAUAAAAUUUAUAAAAUGUUAAAUAACAUUUCCACCGUUUCAUAAAAAUUAAAUGAACUCCAUGUAAGACACAUUUUUCCUUCGAAAAUCCUGUACUUACACCUACAGUGUUAAGGAACAUUUCGCGUGUGCGUGAAUAACUAGAUAUUUUGUUUUUUUCAUCUCGAGGCUAAUAUAGGUACUUUGGUACCUACUUACUUAACUCUACAUAUUAUAAUAAUUUAAUAAGACUAUUUUAACCUUUAAGAUUAAUUUAAUAUCUUACGAAUAUAGGUAUUAGUAAGAUAUUAUAUUAUCAUAAAAGUUAAAGUAGUCUUAUGAACAAAGAAUAGCUAGUCAUCAUCAUCAAAUAUUGGACACGUAUUUUUCCUCUU